CCCGAGGCACCACGAGCGCAUUUAGUGGCACAAACUGCGCUAAGCGUUCCUCCCGCCACAGUCCGCUGCAGGACAUGGGGCAAACACUGCGAGCGAGUGCUGUGUUUUCCCCGGGAAGGCGCUGGAGGAUGCCAAUAUCUACACCGAAUGUUUUUGCCGUGCACUGACGCUAUCAGAGAGGUAUGGAGCCAUAGCGGAUCAUUCAGCAUUUUCAUCCCACCUGUACGACUAACUCCUUCAUGUUUUGGAAUUCAUCAUGGUGUACGGGCAGGUCCUGCACCGCCGAGGUCCCGAUGACAGCUUCAUCAACCUCAAUGUCGGCGGCUUUAAGCGGCGGGUUGAACGUGUUCUCCUUCAGCGCUUCCCCCAGACGCGCCUUGCCCGACUGCUCUACUGCAGUUCAGAGGCUGCUAUACUGCAACUUUGUGAUGACUAUGCAGCAGCCGACCGUGAAUAUUAUUUCGACCGUAACCCACGUUUUUUCCGCUACGUGCUGAAUUUCUAUCAUACUGGAAGGAUCCACCUGAUGGAAGAGUUGUGUGUGUUUAGUUUUAGUCAAGAGUUGGAGUACUGGGGUAUUAAAGAACUUCACAUCGAUGCCUGCUGCAGCAACAAAUUCCAAGAACAGAAAGAGUGUGUUGAAGAUCACGAUUGGGGAAAUGAUGAUGAUGCACAGAACCAGCUGCAGGACAGCCUAGACUCAUCCAUGGAGGAGUUAUCUGCGUUUGAUAAAGACCUGGAGAAAUUUGAGGGGACAUGGUGCUCGGAAAGACGCAAGCAGAUAUGGCUGAGACUAGAGAAUCCUGGAUAUUCCCUUUGUGCAAAAAUAAUAGCAGUAUUUUCUCUGAGUGUGGUGUUAAUGAGUAUUGUAGCCAUGUGUGUUCAUAGCAUGCCCGAGUUCCACCAGGUUGACGCCAAUGAGAAAGAGGUGGAGAACCCGGUGUUGAAAGGCUUUGAGAUUUUUUGUGUUCUGUGGUUCUCCACUGAAUUCAUUCUACGAUUAACUGUCACACCAUGCCUGCGCAAAUUUGUGUGCAAUGCACUGAACAUCAUUGACUUGGCGUCCAUCGUUCCAUUUUACGCCACGCUGGCAUUCGAAACCGCUGACGCUGAGGAAAGUGCGGAGCUGGAGAACGUGGGGAGGGUUGUGCAGAUCUUGCGCCUUAUGCGCAUCUUUCGCAUUCUCAAACUGGCGCGGCAUUCGGUCGGGCUGCGUUCGCUCGGGGCGACUCUCCGUCACAGCUACCAUGAGGUCGGACUUCUCAUCCUGUUCCUCUCUGUAGGAAUCUCCAUUUUCUCUGUGCUCAUAUAUUUCGUGGAGAAAGAAGAUGAGAACUCGGAACUUCAGACCAUACCGGUGGGCUGGUGGUGGGCGACCAUUAGCAUGACCACGGUGGGAUACGGAGACACGUAUCCGGUCACUCUGGCUGGGAAGCUCAUCGCCACUUUGUGCAUAAUCUGCGGCCUGCUUGUGGUUGCUCUUCCCAUCUCCAUCAUCUUCAACAAGUUCUCAAAAUACUACCAGAGACAGAAAGCCCUGAUGGAGCUUGAUCAGCUCAACCCAGAGGAUGAAAAACAGCCAGAUCCUAGCAUGCCAUUCCUUCAUAUGGGAAGCCUCUUCACGCAAAAUAUGAAUUCUCUGGGACUUAGGGCAUCCUCUAGGAGUAGUGAGGGAAGCGUCACUGAUGCUUCCAGCAUCCAGGAUAUAGAAAGUGCCUACCCUGCUGGGAUGAAACAGUCUGAGAGCGCAACAUGAAAUCGACAUGCAUGCACACACUCAGAUGAGUGGAGGAGAAUAAACAAGAAUGAACUGGUCGGAUACGCAGCACAUGACAAGGAACACAUGUCCGGGAGAUUUGGAGGAUGGGGAACCUCCUGAACGUACCAGCUGGACCUUGGAAAAUCAACAGCACUUUUUCUCUUUAUUUCUCAGGGUGAUAUGUCUCAUGCUUUCCAUUAUUUAUAAAUCAAAACCCGUUACCAAUAAAUGGACAGUGCUAGCGUUAAUGUUGAUGCUGUAUAGCCAAUUAAUUAACAGCAUUGAUUGACAGGUGUGUUUUUUUAAACAAGCUGUUCAGUUUAAUUAAAAGUGUUCUCGCAGUGCCGUUGGGACAAGAACUAUUCCUAAAUGUUUCAUAGGCAAUGACAGCAUUUAAAAUGCUGGACUUCAGAUGGCAUGCUGCUGUACUGCAUCUGCCUAAUGUGUCCGUCAGAGGGAUGGGAGGAAAGAGCGCAUGCAUAUUUCAAUAAGUGGGA